AUGGAUUCUCGGCGCCCGACUGGCCUUUCCACAUCAAAGUGCACAGAAAGAGCCAAACUAUAUUUCCAAAGGCCUCCUUCCAGCGGACUCAGUUAUCCAUGUUCUGUGGCAGACUCUCGUAUGGCUGACGCUCAGCCUUAUGAACGCGGCGAUGAGGACGGCCUUUUAGAUCGUAAAGCAAGAUCUCCGGCGACCAAGACUCAUACUCCCUCAAUGUUUUCAGAUUUUGUUGACGUCUCCGAUGGAGAGGACGAUACGGAUCAAUUAGAGGAGGGCGAAUAUGCAUAUGAGCCAAUGGAGGUAGUCGACGUCGACAGCGGCGCGAACCGAACUGCGAGAACGCCCUUUUCGCCAAAAAUCCAGGUUCCAAUUAUCGACCUUACGAAUGACGAGCCCUCAUCUACCGCCGAGAUCACCCGCAAAGUGAAGUCUGCAGGUCAUCGUGGCGCCGCACGGACAUCUCACGUCACUGAAACUCGGCUCGCUGGUAAAACUCAGCUGGAUAGUUCGCUAACCUCUGGCACCUACAAAGCUCGGCAUGAGUACAACUUGGAGUCAGUGCUCCCAAAAGCGGGGGGAAAGAAACGCAAACGUUCCAAGACGAAAGACGAUGAAGCAUCCUUGCUGCACCGUGUCAGAGAGAGGACGAAAGUCGUCCAGGAGGAACUCAAGUCCGUCAUUCCGACGGCCUAUCUCGACGCCGUCGAGGAUGUCAGCGAUAUCAAGGUUUUUAAGGGUGCGAGCGCCUACAUAUCGGACCUGCAGAGUAAGAACGCAAACCUUGCGCGGACGAUAGAGAUCUUGAAAAGGCAGGCUCAACAGGACGAGGACUCCACCAGCAGCAGCGAUAUCUGA